UUUGACAUUUUAUGCUUAAAAAUGUGUAAUGGUGUUAAAUUAUACCAUCAUCCUAAGAAUUUGGUAACUAUGCCAAUCUUUUAAUGGUAACCCCAAAAUGCCCUCUCCUCAAACCCAAAAAAAUCAGCCCCUCCUUUCUCUCUCUUUCCCUCUCGUUUGAUCUCUCUCUCUUUCUUCUCUCACUCUCUCUCUUCUCGCACUCUCUCUCUUUCACUUUGUCUCUCUUUCUCAUUGCUCUCUCCGUUGCCGCCGACUGCCGCCGCCUGCCACCUCCACGUCUUGGCCGACUGCCACCUUGAAGAUUCUCACCCUCAAAGUCCACCACACUCAACAAAGCAAUGGAUUCAUCUGUAUUUGUGCCUGUACUGUAUGAUGGCGUUUGGACUUUGGAGGGUUUCAACUGGGUAUUUGAUUCCUCAAAAAGUAAGACAUUGAUAUUGGACAUUGACUGUACACUGAAAAAGUUGCAUGAAGUUUUGCAUGAGGAGUUGGAGGUGGACCCCUUGGUGUUUGAAUUGAAGUUAGAAGUUCUUUACAUGUACAUGAAAGGCACUAAGUUUCCACCUGAGGUUUUAGUGAAAGAUAGUCAACUACGAGUGUUCUUGAGCAUGAAGGCAAAAAUGAGUGUGGACAACUUGUUGCCACUAUUUGUGACUAAGGUGAAGAAGAAUGUGAAUUUGGAGCAGACUCCCCGAAAUGUAACCCCUAGAAGUGUUGUUGGGACCUUUGUCCCAGAAACUGAUCUGGGGGUUGGUUUGGACGAGCAAGUUGGCACUAAUGUAGAUGAUGAGAGAGUGGGUAUCGAGUUUCAUCAUUCAGAUGAGUUCGAUGCUCCCUUUUACAACAAUGAUCCUGUGGUUGAUUUGGGUGUGGAUGAUGAUGUGGCUGCUGAUGUACCUCCCCUGAGGAUGGAACUAACUCCAAGCAACCAAGUAGAGCGACAAAGAAGACCCCCCCGUAGUGAGAAUCGCCAAACACCAGGAACUAGUAGCAGUCGGCCAGGUCCUUCUGAUAGUGCUCCUGUAUCUGAAUUUGAAGUUUCUACUAAAUUCAAACCUCUUGUGUGGACAAGGGAAGACAUAGAGGAAAAUAAUGUGUAUACAACAUCUCUUAGUGGUACGCCUUCAGGGGAGAUAUAUCUUGGCAAGUUGUACAAAAACAAGGAAGAAUUGAAGAAUGUAGUUGGUAGGUAUGCACUGAAAAAUAAUUUUGAGUGGAUGGUAAGUAAGUCUGGCACUGAUGUGUUUUACGUUACUUGUAAGGAUGAAAAUUGUAAAUGGAGAUUAAGGGGGAAGAAGAAGGCACUUUGUGACAUGUUUGAGGUUACUGUGUUUCACAACGAACACACAUGUAACUUGGAUUCUAGACAUUCUGAUCACCGGCAAGCAGCACCGUGGGUCAUUGGUCACAUUAUUAAGAACAAGUACACAUCAGAUGGAUCUAACUACAAGGCAAAAGACAUACAGAGGGAUAUGUUUGAUGAAUAUGGCAUCAAGAUGAGUUACGAGAAAGCUUGGAGAUGUAGAGAGAAGGCAGUUAUGUACAAGAGGGGUACUCCAGCAGAAUCUUAUACGAAAUUAUAUGGUUACUUCUACAUGCUGGAACAGAAUAAUCCAGGCACUAUUACUGACAUUGUCAGCGAGGAUAACCGGUUCAAGUACUGUUUCUGGUCACUCGAUGCUUGUAGGAAGGGAUUUAAGUAUUGUCGUCCUGUGAUUAGUAUCGACGGAACAUUCUUGAAGACGAAGUAUGGAGGAACACUGUUAGUUGCUGUUGCGUACGAUGCAAACAACCAAUUGUUUCCGGUAGCCUUUGCAAUUGUUGACAGUGAGAAUCAUGACUCUUGGAAGUAUUUCUUGCGAAAGUUGAAGGAAGCCAUUGGUCCGGUUGAAAAUCUUAUGUUCAUAUCGGAUAGGCAUCAAAGCAUUGAACAUGCUGUUGAUGUUGUUUUCCCAGAAGCAUGCCACUGUGCAUGCUUCAAGCAUAUUACUAUGAAUGUCAAUCACAAGUUUAAGACUGAUGUAUGCAACAAGCAAAUAUGGCUUGCAGCUUACGCAUGGAACAAGACGGAAUGUGAUAGGCAUUUUGAGGUGCUGAAACAGAUGGACCCUGCCAUUGCUACAUACGUCGAGCAAAUAGGGUUUGAAAAGUGGGCUCGUCCUUAUUGUCCAGGCGAUCGGUACAACAUAAUGACAAGCAACGCUGCCGAAAGCUUCAACAAGGUGACAGAAGAAUUCAGAAAAUAUCCAGUAACUAUUUUGGUUGACUUCAUCAGGUUCACACUUCAAAAUUGGUUUGCUUCUCGUCUCGAAAAGGCUAGUAAGUGCGCUACUCCUUUGGCUACUACUUUUGAAAAUGAUUUAAAGGAUCAACACAAAGAUGGUAUGUUCAGGAGUGUCCUUCGUAAUGGUGCCCAAUUGUUCAACGUUGGUACGAGUCCUCAAGGUGAGAGAGGUGGUGAUGUGAACUUAGUGGAGAGAACAUGCACUUGCGGACUUUUCCAAAUGCUGAAAAUCCCUUGUCCACAUGCAUGUGCCGCAACAGUUAGUCAGAAUGUGAGCGUGUACACACUUUGCUCUCCAUAUUACACUAAAGAAACGUGGAAGAAAACCUACGAUGCCACAAUUAAUAUUGUUGGCGAGGAGGAUGAGUGGGUACUACCGGAACAUAUCAAGAACAUAAGAAUCGGGGUACCAGUGGAGAAAACCAGUAGGUCGGCCUAGGAAGAGCAAUGCAGGUAGAAGACCGACGAAGCGUCGACCUUCUAGUGGUCAGGUGGUAGUGGAACCUCGUCAUUGUUCGCUAUGUCACGGUUCAGGGCACAACAGAGCUACAUGCAAAGCUCGAGUUUGAACCAUUUCUCCAAUUUUUAAAUGAAUAUGUGUUGUAUUGCUGGUUGUUGGAUAUUGUGCUUUUUUCUCCUAGAUUAAUAAUUUUUUGGUUUGUUUACCCAUUUUAGGCGACAUUAUGCGAUUACUGUGCGAUUUGUAACUGACAGGAGCUAGUUUGUAGUUUGUUUUGUAUUUUUUGGCGAUAUCCUGCGAUUAUUGUGCGAUUUUUGUGCGAUGUUAACUGACAGGAUCUUGACAGGAUCUUGUUUUUUGGUUGCUCGUUUCUGUAGUGUCUGGCGAUAUUUUUGCGAUUAUGGUGCGAUUUUUGUGCGAUGUUAACUGACAGGAUCCUGUUUUUGAGUUUGCUUUGGUUCUGUAUUUUUGGCGACAUUGUGCGAUUAUGGUGCGAUUUUUCUGCGAUGUGAACUAAUCUAGAUUUGUUAGUUUGUGUA